UUGAGUCAUUACACUUGUAGAGUCUUGUUUAAUCGCAUCUGAAGAUGCUGAGAUUUCCGACGCUAGAGUUAAUUUUCAUUGGGUUGACAGUUUUCUGUGAAGCGAAAAUUCUUCCAAAGACGACGGAUCCUCCGCCGACAACUCCUGCAAGAGUAGACGCAGCGCCCGGAGAGUUUCCCUACGUCGUAUCUCUCCGCAGAAAUGGCGUUCAUUUUUGUGGAGGUGCAAUUAUUGGUUCUAAACACGUAUUAACCGCUGCCCAUUGUUUUGUCGGGAGAGUUGACCCGCCCUACACAGCGGGUUUGACUGUUGCCACUGGUGCUCUGAAGAGACAGGACGAUGGUGACCUGUAUCUGGCGAAGAAGGUUGUGCCGCACAGUGGGUUCUCAAGGGGACCUGACACCAGAUGGAAGCACGAUAUUGCCGUUAUCACCAUCAUUCCGGUUUGUUCAUUUCAGUUGAUGAAUCCAAUCAUAAUGACCCAAAAUGUCAAGACACUAGGACUCCCAACGAGUCCAACCCCCGGCGCAGUAGUUGCUGUCCUCAGCGGGUGGGGAUCUGCCACCAAAUUCGGACCGGAAGCCGAUCACCUCCAAAAGAGAAAUGUCACAGUUCUGACCAACGACGAGUGCAACAAGAAGGACGCGAGCAUUUUGGAUACUCAGAUGUGUGGGUUUGAUGGAAGAGGAACAGGAUUUUGCAACGGAGACAGUGGUAGUCCAUUAGUCUACAAUAACGAAGUCGUAGGGAUAGUUUCCUUCGCCAUUUCCUGCGGAAUUGGCUAUCCAGACACCUACACUCGAGUCCACAAGUACCUAGACUUCAUCAAAGAAAAUUCUAAUUGAAAAAAAAACUCAUAGAAGACCCAAACGAUUUACUUCAGAUGAACGUUACUCUUUGACUUCGAAGAUAUGAAGAAGUCAUCUUUAUGUGCCAUGAAUUGUUUUCAUGUGAUAAUAAAAAGAGAAUCCUUUUCAUGUUUAUAA